GGAGAGGGAUCAAACUGGAGCAUGGGACAAAGACAACUAUUCUGUUUGGGGCGUGCUCUUUUGAGAAGAAGUAAAAUAUUGGUGUUGGAUGAAGCAACUGCAUCAAUUGAUAACAUAACUGAUAUGAUUCUGCAGAAAACCAUUAGGACUGAGUUUGCAGAUUGCACAGUGAUCACAGUAGCUCACAGAAUACCAACCGUGAUGGAUUGUACAAUGGUUCUUUCAAUCAGUGAAGGAAAUUUGGUGGAAUAUGAUGAACCAAUGAGCCUAAUGAAGACUGAAGGAUCACUAUUCAGGCAGCUUGUCAAUGAAUACUACUCUCAUUUUCAAUCUACUAUA